AUGAUCAAAUUGAGUAUGAAACAAGUGCAAGCUCAGCACGGGCGAAAAAGCAAACAACCUUGUUUCGUAAUUUCGGGAAGGAUUAUUGCCAUUGGGAAAUUUAAAGACGAACACCCAGGAGGAGAGGACGUCAUGAUGGAAUAUGCUGGAUUGGAUGCAACGGAAGCUUUUGAAUCGAUGCGUCAUUCCGAGAGUGCAAAACGGAAAGUAUUGGAAUUAGUGAUUGGAGAAGUUGUUGAGAUGAGUGAUCAAGUGAGCAGUAGUGAUGAUGAUGAAAAACGUUUGACGAAUAUUAAUACUGGAACCACAUCAGUGCAAUCACCUAAAACGCCACGCUCUAGCUCUGGUAGCAGGAACAAUAACAGUGAGCAAGAUCAUGAUGAAUCCCGAAAGUGUUCAUUGCAAUGA